GGGAGGCGCACGUCGAACCAGUCACAGAGAUGUCGAUGUCCGCCGUGAUUGUGUUGCUGUUGUGUGCAGUCUGCAGCGCUGCGCCGUCCGCGAGACCUCGUGGUCUCUGGGCUCGCCUUGGCGGCCGAAUUGUGGGCGGCGAGCCGGUGGACAUCUCGCAGUACCCGUGGCAGGUCUCGAUCCAACUGAUGGGCGGCCACUACUGCGGCGGCUCCAUUAUCAGCAGCACCUGGGUGCUGUCCGCAGCACACUGCUUCUACGGUAGCCGCGCAUCAGAGUUCUCCGUGAGGGCAGGUACCUCUAUACGCGAGAGCGGUGGCUCCGUGUACCAGACUGCUGACAUACAAAUACACGAAGAUUUCAGCUAUUUCACUGGAGAUUAUGACGUCGCCGUCGUUUCUAUCUCGGGCUCAUUCUCUUUUGAUGGCAACGUCCAGACAGUCGGUCUUGGCACUGCAGACAUCGAAGCUGGCACAUCAGUGACCAUCACCGGGUGGGGCGCCUUGGAUUAUUAUACACAGACCCUACCUGAGCAGCUUCAGGCUGUCACCACGGUCAUCGUCGCACGUCGUGACUGCAAUAUCUAUUACUUGGGCGGCAUCACGGAGAACAUGAUCUGCGCCGGUGAAUAUGGCAGAGGUGCUUGCAACGGAGACAGCGGCGGACCACUGGUUGUUGGGUCUACGCAGUACGGCAUCGUCUCCAUGGGCUACUGCGCUCAGGGAAUCCCCGAGGUUUACACCAGUGUCGUUGCCGUACGAUCGUGGAUUAGCACAGCGACUGGCGUCUAGCAGACUGCCAAAAUUAUCUUUUUGACAAAUUUUAGUACUAGUGUCAUGGUCACCUGGCUCUCAAAUUACGGUCAAAGAACGUACUUCAUGCUGUAAAGAGCGACUGUAGUGUAUGGUUAAAGUUUCGUCAAAUAAUAAAAGGAAUUAAAUCAGU